AUGGCCAAGCCUACGCGGUACACCUUCGACGUGCGCCCUGUCGCGCACCCAGAUGCCAUUGUUGCGAGCGACAAGUAUCGAUUUACUAUUCUUACAGACGGCCUCUUGCGAUUCGAGUGGUCCGAGGAUGGCAAGUUUGAGGACCGGGCGUCGACCUUUGCGGUCCACAGGAAGCUGGCCGUGCCAGACUUCUAUGUGUGGGACCGCGGCCACGGCAUCGAGAUCGUCACGAAGCGCUUCCACGUCAUAUACGAUAAGCAGAAGUUCAGCUCCGAUGGGCUCAAGAUCAAUCUGAAAGGCAAUGUCACAGGAUCCUGGGCGUAUGGGCAGGAUGUCUCAAACCUAGGAGGAACUACACGCACUUUGGACAUGGUCAACGGCAGAACAGAAUUGGGACCAGGUGUCUUGUCGCGGGACGGCAUUGCAGUUCUAGACGACAGCAAAUCCAUGCUCUUCGAGAAGGAUGGGUGGAUUGCAGGUCGCAGGAACCACGCCGACGUUGAUAUGUACAUCUUCAUGUACGGUCGCGAUUACCGCGAAGCUGUGCGCGCCUACUACGCUGUCUCUGGAAGCCAGCCAUUGCUACCACGCUACGCUAUGGGCAACUGGUGGAGCAGAUACCAUGCCUACGACGAGAAAGAGUACUUGGAUCUACACGACCACUUUGAGAAGGACGAUGUACCUAUGAAUGUGGCUGUGGUGGAUAUGGACUGGCAUCUUGUGCACAACUUGCCCGAUGGUAUCAACGGCUGGACGGGAUAUACUUGGAACAAGGAGCUGUUCCCAGAUCCUGAUGCGUUCAUGAAAAAGUUACACGACCGGGGCAUGAAGUUGACCCUAAACCUGCAUCCUGCAGAUGGCUUCAGGUGGCAUGAGGCGCAAUAUGCGGAGGUUGCGAAGUACAUGGGUAUCGAUCCAGCCAGCAAGAAGACUAUCGAUUUCGACUGCACGGACAAAAGGUUCAUAGAUGCCUACUUCGACAUCGUGCACCAUCAGCAUGAAGACCGCGGUGUUGAUUUCUGGUGGAUUGAUUGGCAGCAGGGCAACAAUUCCAAGAUUCCUGGCGUCGACCCGCUUUGGGUUCUGAACCACUUCCACUUCCUCGAUAGCGGUCGGGGGUCGCAGAGACCGUUGAUCUUUUCGAGAUUUGGCGGACCGGGUGCGCAGCGUUAUCAGAUUGGUUUCUCUGGCGAUACUAUCAUUACUUGGGAGUCGCUGAACUUCCAACCGGAAUUCACAGCUACGGCGUCGAAUAUUGGGUAUGGUUGGUGGAGCAACGACAUCGGCGGCCACACACACGGCUACAAGGACGACGAGCUGACCACACGAUGGGUGCAACUGGGCUGCUACUCGCCCAUUCUGCGAUUGCACUCCGACAACAAUCCCUUCAACACUCGCGAGCCGUGGCGAUUCAACGAGGAGAGCCGAGUCAUUAUGGAAGACACCUUGCGUUUCCGCCACCGGCUGAUUCCAUACCUCUACACAAUGAACGCUCGCUCGGCAUCAGACGACGAGCCCCUCAUUCAGCCUAUGUACUGGGACCACCCUGAAGAAGACUCAGCCUACAAUGUACCCAACCAGUUUCGCUUCGGCAGCGAGCUUGUCGUGGCUCCCGUCACCCAACGCCGUGACAGCACAACUCAACUCGGCGCCUCAAAACUCUGGCUUCCAAGCGGCCGCUACAUCGACAUCUUCACCGGCGUAGUCUACAACCGCAAGGGCGAUCUGCAGGUCCACCGCCCACUCCACCAAACCCCUGUCUUUAUGCGCGAGGGCGCCAUCGUCCCUCUCGAUGGCGCGUGGCGACCGAAGAACGGCUCACCAAACCCCGAGUCCAUCGAGCUCCUCCUCGCGGUUGGCGCCGACGGGUCCUUCACCCUGAUCGAAGAUGACAGCAGCGGCUCUCAAGUCGACGACGGUGGCUUCCGCAUGAUCGAGGACGACGGCAUCGAAGCCUCAGCAGACAAGACCGUGCACUUCAGCUACACGCCCAUCACAUACAAGCAGUCAACCGGGGUGUUGAAGAUCGGGCCCACGAGCCCGCCGAACAGCGCGAUUCCCAAGAACCGCACUUGGAAGAUCAGACUGCUGGCUCACACGCCCAAGAAACAUGCGGAGAUAAGGUGUAUCUCGCUCAGUCCGAGCGCGAAGCGUAACGCGAAACCGCUGUCCUUUAGCACGGCUACUGAGAGCAACGGUACGGUGAUCACGCUGGGUGCUAUCCCAACGGAUCACUCGUGUAUCAUCGAGCUUGGCUCGAGCUCGUCGUCCGGGCCGCAGCUCGAUGUCAUCGAUCCGAAUGUGAAGAUCUGGGACAUUAUCGAUAAGGCGUGGAUCGAGAUGGAUCAGAAGUGGGAUAUCUGGAACUGCGUGAAUAACUCGGAGCCGGUCUUGAACAAGGUGCGCGCGCUGUCGAACCGGGGACUCAAGCAGGAGUUGCUGGAUGCGAUUCUGGAAUUGUUGCUUGCGGAUGAGCGGUAUGCUGGGGAGGCGGAGGAUGAGCUGAUGAUGAGGUAG